AUGGAAAUUGCUCGAGCGGCACAAGCGCUUUGGCCUAAUCUAUCCACAGAGAAGUGCUCCAGUAGUGGGAACUUGAAAUACAUUUCCGGCAACGCGUUAACGGACAGUCCGAGCUGUAUAGGACCGAACGAUGCUCCAUACCCAAGCAACGUGGUAGCCCGGACGUUUUCCAGCUGGAACCCAAGUGGAUCUUCUAGGCGGGGUCGGAUGAGCCAACUUCCCACGGUAGAUCCCAAGCUAAUGCAGCGGACAUUGCUGCAAGUGUACGGCGAUGCAAAUGGAGAACAACUGCAGGAAGAUAUACGCACCAGAUAUAGUCGCUCCGUAGAUAGUACGCCGCAGUGCCGCAGCGAUACCCCGUCUCGGCUGUGCAAAACCCGCUACAACACCACCGCUCCAAUGUACGGCGUGAGUCUCACUUCCGGUCAGCCGGUAACAAUCGUGCAAAAGUUCCCCGAUCUACUGCAGCAGGUCGUCUUCGAAGUGUGCGAAUCGUCUGAAUGCGACGUGGUUCGGGGUGAAUGCACCCAAACGUAUGUUCCGUACCUGUUCCUGGUGAUUCCGCUGGGACCGGUGACAUUGACCGGGCAGGAUUAUGUGCUGGUAGAGAGCGGGUGCGUGUGCAAGCCAAAGUAUGCCGCGGAAAAGCCACGUGAAUCCGGAGGGAACUUCAUACCCUGAAUGAUGCCACGGAAAAGCAACCGAGCUUGGACCAACCCAACUACAAGUGGAUGGAAAUUUGAUGCAGAGCGUUAAUACUGAAGAGGAAAUGUGUAAA